GGGAAAGGUCGUCUUUAGAACUGUGUCCAUCAUAGUAAAACGCCCUCCUAUAGACGACCUUCCCCCUAGUUUCACAUGCAAGCUCCAAAACCAUGAAUAACGUGAAGGCCAUUCAGAGGAUCACUGAAACUGAGCUGACCCAGGGCAGGGGAAAGAAGUCAUGGCACGACAUGUACGCUGGAAGUGCCUACGUCUUUAUAGGAGGCUUAAACUAUUCCCUGACAGAAGGAGACGUGUUAGCCGUGUUCUCACAGUACGGAGAGAUCAUGAACAUCAAUAUGGUGAGGGACAAAAAGACGGGAAAGGCCAAAGGCUUUUGCUUCCUUUGUUAUGAAAACCAGAAGAGUACCGUACUGGCUGUCGAUAACAUGAACGGCAUUAAAUUGUGUGGUAAGACAAUUCGUGUGGAUCAUGUGGCCGAGUAUCGUCGCCCUAAAGAUGAGGAUGGCAAUGAGAUCGUAGAGAAGGGGUGUGCCCCCAAGACCCCCACCCCUAGUCCUGAACCCUCUGAGAGUGAGUCUGAAGACGAGCCUGUAAAGAUCAAAAAGAAAAAGACGAAAAAGUUUAAAGACAAGAAAAAAAAGAAACGCAAAGAGAAAAUAGGCAUGUCAGAUAAUGAGGGUGAAGGACACACAACUAAGAAACAGUCUCGUCGCGAAAUGGCUGAUCCUGAAGCGAGAAAGGCUUCUGGUGAUAAUGAGAAAUCGAGGGAGCGAACAAUGGAAGAGGAACAUAGGCAAGUGCCAGUCAAUGAUAAGAGUGGUAGAUCACGAGGGCGGAGAGAAAGAGGCGAUGAAUACCCAUCACGACACAACAAAAAGAAGAGCUACAGAGACAGAUCUAGGUCACGGUCUAGAGAUAGGAAAGAACAGUAUAAGAAGAACUCUUAGCUAGCUAGCACAGUCAUGCACAUGAUUGUACAAUCUGUAUCCUCUGAUUUUCAUUUUUGUCUUCUAUUAGUUAUUAAUUAGCACAUUACCCUUGUAUUAAGAA